AUGGGUAGAUCGUUGAAAAUUGACCUUUUUGAAUCCAUGCUAAAAAGUGGGCGACCUAUCGUUCCUGAUGUUAAUGGGCAACAAGCAGUCUGUCUUUCCUGCUUUCUGCAGCCAAGGUUUCCUACCAUAGUAGCUGCAUCCAGGAUGCGAGGGAACGAUACAGAUCGACUUGCUUUGCUUGCAUUCAAGGCAAACAUAAUUGAUGAUCCCUUCGAGGUUCUGAGCUCAUGGAAUGGAUCAGCCAUCUUUUGCAAAUGGCAUGGUGUUACAUGUGGUCGACGCCACCAAAGGGUCACCAAGUUGGACCUUCGUUCCCAAAAAUUAUUUGGGACCAUACCGCCACACAUUGGGAAUCUAAGCUUCCUUAGGGAACUGGAAUUCCAAAACAACAGUCUUGUUCAUGAAAUCCCUUCCGAACUUGGACGUGCAACCGAAAAUGGUUUUAGUGGAAGUAUCCCCGAUUCUCUUGGUCAUCUGGGCAACUUGACAGUGAUUGCAUUAGGCGGAAAUAGAUUGUCUGGUGUUAUCCCUCCGUCAAUCUUCAAUCUCUCUUCCCUCACAGGUUUUGAUGUGAUCCAUAAUGAGCACUUGCAUGGCAGCUUUCCCUUUGAUAUAGGCAUCACCCUUCCUAAUCUUCGAUUCCUUGGCUUAGGUUCGAACCAAUUUACUGGGUCAAUCCCUAAUUCAAUAGCCAAUGCCUCAAAUCUGGAAGUUUUUACAGUCAGUUUCAACAAUUUUAAUGGAAAAGUGCCAACAAUGGAAAAGCUACAUAAGCUUCAGCAUCUAUCCAUCUUCAACUUGUCAACAAUGCUCGAAGCAUUCGUUCUUAAAGGCAAUUAUAUAGUUGGAAGCAUUCCAAUUGGGACAGGAAAUCUUAUAAACUUGAAUUUUCUAAGCGUGAAGUCAAGACAAGCGACAUCGUCAAGUUUGCUAGAAAAUUCACUCUUGAAAGUGUCUUAUCAUAGUCUCCUAAAAGCUACUAAUGGGUUCUCUUCAGACAAUUUAAUUGGAGUGGGUAGUUUUAGCUCUGUGUAUAAAGGAGUUGUUGAUCAGGAUGGAACUAUUAUUGCUGUAAAGGUGCUUAACCUUUUGCGUCCAGGGGCUUCCAAGAGUUUUCUUGUAGAGUGUGAGGCCUUGAGAAAUAUCAGGCAUCGUAAAGGUGGUCACUGCAUGUUCAGGUGUUGA